GGGAAAAGCAGCGAAACGCUUAAAAUAUGUAUUCGAUGUUUACCUUGAUAAAAACGAAAGUCAAAACUUUCAAAAUGGCUUCCAACUCGUAUCGUGUCCUGAGGUCACUUUCAAAAGAACUACGAUAUAUUUACAAAAAGGUAUAUAAUUAUCUGCUGCGUUAGGUGUGUUCAAUCAAUAAAUUAAUUUAUAAAAGCUUGGUACUUAGUUUUCGCUAACGAUCCCCAUGCUUUAAUUGUUUAUUAAAACAUGUAUCCAGCACUUUAUAAUAUUUAGUCUGGAGUCUUUAAGUCCUUAACUUACUCUUAGUCUUAGUCUUUCUUUAGAACUAAUAAGUCUAAUAGUAAUAGUUCUGAAGUUCAGACCAGAGACUGACUGAGACUCUCAGGUAAGUGAGAGAGAGUGACUUAGUGUCAUUUAUAGUGACCUAAUAGGAUCGCAAUCACCCCUCCCCCUUGCACUUUUAGUUUGCUUUGGAAACUCUUCCACUUCAUGUUAAAUAAAACGUGACAUGCCCGCUGGAUGAACAUUGCCUGGAUGAAUAUUUCUCACACUAUUUGUCUGGUCACCGGACGUGUAGACACCACCUUUUUGUUUUAAUUAUCUGGGUAAAUUUUGAGUUAAUGGUAUGGGUUUGCCAAGAGUUUUCUCACCCUAAGCGCAGUGACUGACGUCACAUGGGGAAUCCCAACACUGGACUUAGAGUGAAUAGAUCUAUUCUUUGAAGGACCCGAACAAUGUGUUAUAACAUUCCUAUUCUUUAUUGAGCAUUACUCACGUCAUAAACGAUACGGUUAAUAUGAAGUAUAUUGAAAUGAAAUUUUCCAUUAAUUUGUAUUAAAAUUCAAAAGAAAGGAAAAAAGAAACACAUCCUUGCUGAUACCCAAAAAAGACCCAACACCGUUGAAAAAAAAGACGCCUGCCAAAAUUGCUGUAUUUUGAUUAGUUGAAAAUACCCGUAUGUUGAAACUUAGGUAACAAAAGACUACUGCUUAAAUUGCAUUUGGAAUGAUCUUCUAGGAAACCCCUCCCCUCGCUUUAAAUACAAAAAUAAGAAACAUAUAAAUUAUCUGGGGAGGGGAGACCCUCCCCAAUUUAAUACAAAAUUUAAAAUAAGGAAACAAUAACUUGCGUUAUGUAAAUACAAACAUCAAAAUCUUUUUAAUAUGGCACUGUAGACGGAAAUGGACCUAGGGGAACCUCCGUGACCUCUAUACCGUGGAACAAAUUGUCGGCCUUACCGCUAACACAAAACCAGCCAAUUAUCUGUAAAAUUUUCUAUUGUUUUGUUAAUAAUAAUAAUAAUAGUUAUAGUUUUGUAAGUCAUAAGUUCAAUAUUUUUGAACAAGGCCAAGGGGACGAAGCCAAAGAUUGGUCAAUAUUUUUGAAGUUUUAAAUUCAUAACUGUUUGUAGGACUUACUAGAACUCUCCCAAUUCUCUCAUUAAAAAAUAAGCCUACAUUUAUUUUGCACAAGUACAAGUGCAUUAAGUACAAACUAAAUUUGAUGCUGAGUUUUAACGCUGUUAUCUCAAUUCUAUAUUCUCAUCUUAUGUCUUUUUUUGUUUUUGUGCUUAAAAACUUAAUUUAUGAACAUUUAACAUUGCUGUAAGUGUUUCUGUAUGGUCUGGUCUUCGAAUUACAUGGUGCAGGUCGGGGUAGAUUCUGAAUGGUGGGGGGGUGUGGGGGGGGGGGGGUUGGGUGACACAAUGAGUUUACGGCACCCAGGGGGGGGCCCCCACAUUUUCCUUCAUUUUUCAAAAUGGCUUAUUAGAAUCAUUUUUUUAACUCAGAGCUUUUAAGUGGCCUUCAAUAGUGUUGAGUACAAAAAAAUAAUUAGUAUAGAAAUUAUUUUAGUGUUCCAGAUUUUUUAAAUUACAGGCAGUACUUGAUUAACAUACUUCCUCCACUCCUAAUGCAAUCAAAUCAUGCUUUUAAUAUCUUAUUAAAAAAAUAAAAUUUUAAUAAUUUUUCAGAAAGAUCUGCAAGAUGUACCAAUCUACUGCUACCUACAGGAUCAGUUUCGAAGCAUGCAGGUCACAGGAGAGAAAAUAUGCAGGGAGCAGCAUGAAGCUGAAAACUUAGCACAAACCUAUCUUUGCUACUUGGAAAGCACAAGAAGAAAUGAGGUGCCCGUAGUUCCAUAUGCACUCUAUAAACCUAGUCAGGAACUUUGAUGUGACAAAUCUUUUCAUGGAGACUACAUAUUUAGUUCUCGUCAUUGCUAUCAGCUGAAAAUAAUUUUCAACUAUGAAAUUUUUUCAACAUUUGAUCCAUCUCAACACACUUUUAAUUAGACACCAAUUAUUUUUUUAGAGGAGAUAUUAGGACACUGUGCAUGUUGGAUUCUCAUGUUAAUCUGUACCAAAAUUUUUAUUUUAAAUUUGUAACAUAAUACUCUCUGUGAUUAUAUUGUAAAUAUUAUAGAUUUCCUAAAAGAUUUUAAAAAUAUAUUUUUUGCAUCACUAAACGCAACCGCACAAAUCAUUUAAGCACAUGCUCAGCCCAAUCCCAAAGAUCCCAUAAAUUGAACGACAAUAACUGAUUAUAACUCAUAGAUCUGUCUCUUCUUUUCUUCUUAUGCCUUUCUAGCCCGUCUGGGGCAUAGGCCGUCUACAAGAACUUUCCACUCAUCACGGUCCUGUGCUUUUCUUUCCAAUUGCUUUAAGGUGUAUCCCAUAUUUUGCGUGUCAGCCUCUAGCUCUCAUCUCCAUGUAUUCUUAGGCCUUCCACUCUUUCUUUUUCCCUGUGGGUUCCAUGUUAGGUCUUGUCUGGUGGUGCUAUCUGGGGGUUUUCGGAGCAUAUGCCCUAUCCAUCUCCACCUUUUCUUUAUGAUAUCUUCAUCAAUGGGCACCUGGUGUGUCCUUUCUAGUAGAUCUUUGUUAUUGAUAUUAUUUGCCCAUUUGAUUUUCAGGAUCUUUCUAAGGCAUGUGUUUAUGAAUGUCUGCACUUUCUGUAUAAGGCUCACUUUUGUUUUCCAAGUUUCUGCUCCAUAUAGUAGGACUGUUUUGACAUUUGUAUUAAAGAUUCUGACUUGAGUUUGCAGUUUCAUUUCCUUCGACUCCCAUAUUUUCUUUAAUAGCACAAAUGCCGAUCUAGCUUUUCCAAUUCUGGCCCUUACGUCUGCAUCGGAAUCGCCAUUUGUGUCUAUGCUGCUGCCUGAGUAUGUGAAGACUCCACUUCUUCCAGUGCCUUUCCUGCCAGACAGAUAUGCUCAUGGUUCGAUGGGUUUACCUUCAUGAUUUUUGUCUUGCUUUUAUUUAUAUUGAGACCAAGCUGUGCUGAAAAGGUCUUUUCCUGCAUUUGUUGCUGGUUGUGGGAAAGAAGUGCAAUGUCGUCUGCAAAGUCUAAAUCAUUCAGUUGUUCCCAGAGUGUCCACGGUAUCCCAUUCCUCUUUUUGUCUGUGGAUUUUUUCAUUAUCCAGUCGAUGGCAAGGAUGAAUAGCAAUGGGGACAAGAGGCAUCCUUGUCUGACUCCUGUUUCGAUUGUAAAGGAAUCUGUGAUCCACCUUCGUGGACCACACUGCAUGUGUAUUUUUUCAUAAGAGCUCUGAAUGAUCCUGACUAGCUUCCCUGGUACGCCAUAGUGCCAAAGAAGUUUCCACAAGGUUUGUCGAUCCAGGCUAUCAGAGGCCUUUUCGUAAUCUAUAAAAUUUAUAUAUAGGGAGGAGUUCCAUUUGAUGGACUGUUCUAAAAUGAUUCUUAGUGUUGCGAUGUGAUCUGUGCCUGAUCUGUUUUGGCGGAAGCCGGCCUGUUGAUCUCAUAGAUGCAUGUCGACCUGGACUUUCAUUCUGUUCAAAAUAAUUCUGUUAAAGACCUUUCCUGGUACAGACAGCAGUGUGAUUCCUCUGUAAUUUGCACAGUUGCUGAGAUCCCCUUUCUUUGGGAUCUGAGGUAUCCUUCUUUCCAAUCUUUUAGAACUCUCUCUUCCUCCCAUAUCUUUUCAAACAGAGGGUGCAGCAUGUUGACUAUUGUAUUUAUGUCAGCUCUCAUCAUCUCUGCUGUGAUGUUAUCCGGUCCCGGUGAUUUCCCUAAUGUGAGCUGCUUGAUGGCUAGAGUUAUUUCUUCCUUAUUUGGUGCGCCUUCUUCUAUUUGUAGGUCUUCAUUUGCUGGUAGUAUGUCUGGUGUGUCUGUGGGUGGGGGUCUGUUUAAUAGUUCCUUAAAGUAUUCCAUCCAUCUUUUUUCUUGCUCUUUCCUUUCUGUUAUAGAUCUACCUUUUCCAUUUUUGAGAGGUCUUUCCGGCCUUUUGUAUCUCCCUGACAGUUUUCUUAUGUCGUAGAGCUCUUUCAAGUUGCCCUUCCUGGCUGCUGCUUCUGCUGUCAAUGCUAGGCCAUCUAUGUAGGCAUUUUUAUCUUUUUUUAAUGCUGUUUUUUACCUUUGGUUUGCUUCUUUAUAUCUCUCUUGGGCUUUCGUUUUCUCCGCCCUGGUGCGGCUGUUGUUAACUAUAUUUUCAAUUUCUUUUCUCUCUUUUAUUUUUUGCAGUGUGUUUAUUGAGAGCCAGUCUUUUUGUUUCUGCUUCACUGAUCCUAAAACUUCUUGGCAGGUGGUCUUUAUACUUUGCCAUAUAUGUUCUACUUGGUCAUCUUCUGUUUGGUCUUCUGUUUGAUCUUCAAGCGCUUGGAACUUAUUUCUCAAAGUAGCACUGAAUUCUUCCCUUUUGUGCUCAUUUGCCAGAAGUGCUACAUUGAAUUUGGUUCGCUUGGCAGUUAGCUGUUCCCAGUUUUUCUUCCGCUUUAGUUUAAGUCUCGCCCAAACAAGAUGAUGAUCGAAUGCGACAUCUGCUCCUCUUUUUGCUCGUACAUCUUUUAGCUACUUUCUAAACUUUUGGCUGAUACAUAUGUGAUCUAUUUGGUUUUGCGUUUUGUUGUCCGGGGCUACCCAUGUUAUCUUGUGGAUCUUUUAUGUUGAAAUUCGCUUCCUCCAAUAAUAAGCUCAUUUGUUGCGCAGAAGUCCGCUAGUCUUUCUCCGUUCUCAUUCCUCUCUCCUACCCCGUGUUGUCCCAUGGUUUCCUCAUACCCAAAAAUUGUCUUUUCCAAUCUUGGCGUUAAGGUCUCCCAUUAAGAUGUUCAGGUCUCUAUUUGGGAAUUGUUCUAUUAUUGCUUGUAUUCUAUUGUAGAAUGUUUCUUUCUCUUCUUCUUUGCUUUAUGUUCAUCUUUAUUUUCUUUUUCUUGGUUCGGAAGGUUGCUUUUAUUAUCCUUGGUCCGUGUGCUUCCCAUCCAAUCAAUGCAUCCUGUGCCUUCCUUGACAACAUAAAAGCGACUCCUUGCAUGUGCGGAGCAUCUUCCUCCUCAUGCCCCCAGUUCAUUAGCUUUUCUCCAGAGACCAAAGUUAUUUGUCCAGCUUGUAUCCAUCUUGUUUCACAGAUGCCAACCAGUGUAAGUUUGUAAGAUCUCAUUUCUGCUGCGACCUGUUGGUUUUUUCUUGUUGGCGUUUCUGUAGCAAUUUGUUUUUACGGGUGAGGUAGCUGGCCUCACACGGGUUAGGUAGCUGGCCUCACGCCAACUCUCCUUUUGCACCCGGGCUUGAGACCGGCCUUGGCGGAGUUCAUAGGUCUGUGCACUGGCAAUAUUUUAGUAGCUGAAAUAAUGACAAAGAAGACCAACUCGAACCCCUCCUUAAACUAUCCCAAUGAAACAACAUCAACUUUUCCCAUGCUCGGCCCUGCAGGAGAAAGGCCCCUAACAAUUCCUCCAUUCUGCAGGAUAGAAACACCCUAUUUACAGGAACAAAUCAACCGCUCAUUUUUCACCAUGGUAUUAGGCAGAACGAUCACCCUGAAAUGGGUUGGAUCAAGUGAAGGGUGAAACUUUUAAAGAUUAGAGUUAAAGAAAGUAAUUUAGAGUGAAAACAAAUUAUUGCUAUAACUAAUAUUUGUCUUCCUUCCAGGAACUCAGUGUCUUGUACAGAGGUAAAGGCGAGAGAAGCAUUGAGAGUAGUGCUAACAUUGUUGGUCUGAAGCUGCCCAAGUUAUACAGUGAAGAUGCAGCCAAGAAGCCUCCUGAUGAAUAGAACAAGGAAGUCUAUUUUACUUUCACAUGAGGAAUAAUAAUAUAUUAUUUGAAUAUUAUGAUGUAAAUAUAAUGUUCAAAAAAUGGUUUGUAGAAUCAUGUGUAAUGUUCAUUUAUUUAUACUUCACAUUGAAGAGGGCAUUUGCAUGAUUUUUGUGUGUGCUGAUUGUGAACAUUUUCUUAGAAUGUUGCUAUUUAUAGCUUCAGUAAGAAAGCAUUAUUAAUACAUCUACAUUACAAACAAUGCAUCAAAACUGAUCUCUAAUUUUAUAUCAGUAAGAUAUCAGUACCAACCACAGCAAGUCCUUUUGAGCAUGUUGUCCCCAAGAUAAUUCUAUCACAGACUAUCAGCUGAAUCUGAUGCAACUCAUUGUGGUUGAUAAAAACAGAAUAGAUGUUACAAACUAUGAUACAAAUACUAAUUAAAAGUGUAUAAUUUUCAGUGCCCAUAGCCUAUGGUAAAUUAAAAUUUUAGUUCAGUUUGGAAUGAUGCAUGCUGUUUGUUCAAAGUUAUUGCUUCUUUAGACAUAACUCUACUAAAAACUGAUGUUGGUUUUUAUCAGGUUUUGUAGGAAAAUAUUUAUAAGACUAGAGGGGAAAAAAUAUGUACCGUAUUGUAACUUUUUAAUAAAAGUUCAAUUUAUGACUUGUGGUUGGAAUUUAUUAUUUUAAAAAAAAUCAUAAUGGUUAUCUAUCUUUCUUAAAAUUCUUCUUGUG